CGUGUUUGUGAGGUCAUCGCCAACCCCGGAUUUAUGACCGGCAGACUACGAGACUACCAUCCAUCUACGCGCCUACUUCUGCUGCAAUUCUUGGUCGUCUAUCACUAUACACACCUGCCUUUCCGAGAGAAGUCCACCACCAGACAUGGCCACCAGAAACGUGCCGAUGCUGUCACUGGAGGCGGCCAGAGUAGCGGCCGACGCAGCAGAGCAGAAGGCGAAGCAGAUGGGCAUGGACUUCAACAUCGCCCUCGUCGACGCGACGCUCCACCUCCUCCACUUUGUGCGCAUGCCCAACGCCAAACUCACCUCGGUGCAGAUCGCCAUCGACAAGGCCUUUACUGCCGCCGGGCAUCGCGCGCCCACCUCCACCUACCAAGGCAAGAACUUCCUACCGGGCGGGCCGGCGUACGGCAUUCACAACUCGAACGGCGGGCGAUUCAUGCUCAUCGGCGGUGGGAUACCGAUUGUGGUGGAUGGGCACACGGUGGGAGCGAUUGGAGUUAGCACGGGGACGCCGGCGCAGGAUACCGAGUGCGCGACUGCGGGCAUAGAGGCGGUGGAGGCGUUUGUGAAGAGGAAGUCGGGAUCAAAGUUGUGAUGCACGAGAUAUAUGUUCAUGAUG